AUGGCUGAACGGUAUCUGAUCUCCAAGGCGGAGGUGCCCGAGGGCGCGGCAGUGCCCGAGCUGGUGAAGCUCCGGCAAGCUCGGGACGACAAGCUGGCAGCAGAGAAGAAGCAGGCCCUUGAAGAGAAGCAGAAGCAGCGACAGGAGGAGCGGGCGAAGCUCAAAGAGCGGACCGAGGCCUACGAGAAGGAGUAUGCCGACACCGCAUCGGAGCUCGUGAAGCUCCGCCGGGAGGCGAAGCUCAACGGAAACUUCUUCGUGGAGCCGGAGGCGAAGUUGCUCUUCGUCGUCCGCAUUGCGGGCAUCAUCAAGAUGAGCCCAAAACCCAGGAAGGUGCUCCAGCUGCUCCGACUCAAGCAGUUGCACAACGGCGUGUUCCUGAAGGUGAACAAGCCCAUCCUGAACAUGCUCAAGCUCGUCCAGCCAUAUGUGACCUAUGGCUACCCAUCCUUGAAAACGGUGCGUGAGCUUGUCUACAAGCGUGGAUUCGGCAAGGUGAACAAGCAGCGCCUUCCCCUCGCCUCCAACGACAUCAUCUCAGAUAACUUGGGCAAGUAUGGCAUCCAUGGCAUGGAAGACAUCAUCCACGAGAUCUACACCGUCGGCCCAAGCUUCAAACAGGCGUCCAACUUCUUGUGGCCAUUCAAGCUGAGCUCUCCCAAGGGUGGGUUCAUCAACAAGCGUCAUGGCUUCUGCGAAGCACGAGGAGGCGACUGGGGAAAUCGCGAGGAGCUGAUCAACGACCUCUUGAAGCGAAUGAACUGCAGGCAACUUCCUGCUGCUUUGCUUGCGGCGCUGAGGAAGAAGCCAUUGCACCUGGCGGAGGUGCCCGAGGGCGCGGCAGUGCCCGAGCUGGUGAAGCUCCGGCAAGCUCGGGACGACAAGCUGGCAGCAGAGAAGAAGCAGGCCCUUGAAGAGAAGCAGAAGCAGCGACAGGAGGAGCGGGCGAAGCUCAAAGAGCGGACCGAGGCCUACGAGAAGGAGUAUGCCGACACCGCAUCGGAGCUCGUGAAGCUCCGCCGGGAGGCGAAGCUCAACGGAAACUUCUUCGUGGAGCCGGAGGCGAAGUUGCUCUUCGUCGUCCGCAUUGCGGGCAUCAUCAAGAUGAGCCCAAAACCCAGGAAGGUGCUCCAGCUGCUCCGACUCAAGCAGUUGCACAACGGCGUGUUCCUGAAGGUGAACAAGCCCAUCCUGAACAUGCUCAAGCUCGUCCAGCCAUAUGUGACCUAUGGCUACCCAUCCUUGAAAACGGUGCGUGAGCUUGUCUACAAGCGUGGAUUCGGCAAGGUGAACAAGCAGCGCCUUCCCCUCGCCUCCAACGACAUCAUCUCAGAUAACUUGGGCAAGUAUGGCAUCCAUGGCAUGGAAGACAUCAUCCACGAGAUCUACACCGUCGGCCCAAGCUUCAAACAGGCGUCCAACUUCUUGUGGCCAUUCAAGCUGAGCUCUCCCAAGGGUGGGUUCAUCAACAAGCGUCAUGGCUUCUGCGAAGCACGAGGAGGCGACUGGGGAAAUCGCGAGGAACUGAUCAACGACCUCUUGAAGCGAAUGAACUGCAGGCAACUUCCUGCUGCUUUGCUUGCGGCGCUGAGGAAGAAGCCAUUGCACCUGGCGGAGGUGCCCGAGGGCGCGGCAGUGCCCGAGCUGGUGAAGCUCCGGCAAGCUCGGGACGACAAGCUGGAGAAGAAGCAGGCCCUUGAAGAGACGCAGAAGCAGCGACAGGCUGAACUCCUAUGCCAGCGGAAAGGUGGAGCCUUGUGGCAGAGAUCACACGCUGCUCAGGAGGAGCGGGCGAAGCUCAAAGAGCGGACCGAGGCCUACGAGAAGGAGUAUGCCGACACCGCAUCGGAGCUCGUGAAGCUCCGCCGGGAGGCGAAGCUCAACGGAAACUUCUUCGUGGAGCCGGAGGCGAAGUUGCUCUUCGUCGUCCGCAUUGCGGGCAUCAUCAAAAUGAAGGUGCUCCAGCUGCUCCGACUCAAGCAGUUGCACAACGGCGUGUUCCUGAAGGUGAACAAGCCCAUCCUGAACAUGCUCAAGCUCGUCCAGCCAUAUGUGACCUAUGGCUACCCAUCCUUGAAAACGGUGCGUGAGCUUGUCUACAAGCGUGGAUUCGGCAAGGUGAACAAGCAGCGCCUUCCCCUCGCCUCCAACGACAUCAUCUCAGAUAACUUGGGCAAGUAUGGCAUCCAUGGCAUGGAAGACAUCAUCCACGAGAUCUACACCGUCGGCCCAAGCUUCAAACAGGCGUCCAACUUCUUGUGGCCAUUCAAGCUGAGCUCUCCCAAGGGUGGGUUCAUCAACAAGCGUCAUGGCUUCUGCGAAGCCCGAGGAGGGGAUUGGGGCAACCGGGAGGAACUUAUCAACGACCUGCUGAAGCGGAUGAACUGA